CUCUGUGUUUUUCUUCAACGGUUUCCACGAUUUUUCCCACUCGUCAACUUCAAAUAAUUGACUCUCAAUUCUCAAACACCACAACCCAACUCCAUUUGAUUUUGGUCACAAACCUUCAAGACGAGGGAGAGCAAGAGAGAAACCUCUUUCUCUCUCAUUCUCAAUACAAUUACAAACAAAAGAACUACUACAAAGAAGAUCAGUACUGGUUCUUGGAUUUUCUUUAUUUCUGAGAUCGUUUGUAGGCCAAGAUGAGGCCCAACUGGGAGCUCAAAAACUGCUGUCACCAUGAACAAGUUGUGUUUCUUGUUACCGUCUCUGUUUGCGCCGUGGUUAUACUUGCGCUGUGGAGGACAAUACUGCUGAGACCAUUUAAGCUUGUGACAGUAUUUCUUCACGAGGCAAGCCAUGCGAUUGCUUGUAAACUUACGUGUGGCGAAGUGGAAGGAAUCCAGGUUCAUGCUGACGAAGGUGGAACCACAACAACACGCGGUGGCAUAUAUUGGUGUAUUUUGCCGGCUGGAUAUCUUGGUUCGUCUUUCUGGGGAAUGUUACUGAUACUAGCAUCCACAAAUCUUCUUACUGCAAGAAUUGCUGCAGGGUGCUUUGUUCUUGCUUUGCUUGUUGUACUUUGUGUAGCUAAAAACUGGACACUUAGAGGACUUUGUAUUGGUUUUGUUGUUUUCCUUGGUGUAAUAUGGGUUCUGCAAGAAACAACAAAAAUCCGCAUACUUCGGUACAUCAUUCUUUUUAUUGGUGUGAUGAACAGCUUGUUUUCUGUAUAUGAUAUAUAUGAUGAUUUAAUAUCACGAAGAGUUCACUCUAGUGACGCCGAGAAAUUUGCAGAAGAGUGUCCUUGCCCAUGUAGUGGUAGUGGAUGGGGCAUCAUUUGGGGAUUAAUAUCUUUUGCAUUUCUCUGCGGAGCCAUGUACCUUGGUCUCGUAAUAUUGUCUUGAGGCUCAAUGGUUCUGGUUGAAGUUCUCUAAUUGCUGAGAAGCCUUGACACAACACAAAUGCAACUUCAUAUACUUCAGGAGUGCCAUCUGCCCAUCUCAUUUUUCUUGAGGAGAUGUUCUGUUGAUGCUAACUUCAGUGUUUAUAUUCUAUAUUUGAAGACAAUAUAUAAUCCGAAAUCAAAGACAAUCUGUUCAUUUUUCUUUUUUAUCUGUAAGUUGGUCGCCCGCCCUAAUCUCAACUGGAAAAAGGGUUUUUGAUAGUGUGGAUAUGUCGCCAUUGUUAUUGGUGUAGCAUUUUUGAAUAGGAGCUUGCAAAUGACAGAAUAGUGAGGGCCCUUUGUACACCAUUUUUCACUACUCCAUUCCCUAUUCUAUCCAAAAUACACA